CUACAUAGUGUCUGAAGGGAGUCAGGAUAUUUAGUCCCUAGAUUAUGUCUGGAUGAACUUGGUAAUGUUUGUGCAUUUACCCCUGUUUAGAUUUAUUCCAGCUCUGAAGUUCUGGCCUUUGGUGCCAGUGCUUGCCAGAACUUUAUGCUUGUUUGCUAGGAUCAUCUCAAUGUCAGUUAUUAUCCAUGACCUUUAACCCUAUACCUCGGCCAAAUGCUUUCUUUGUGCUGUCAGUGGCACAGAAAUGAGGAACAGUGUGCUCCAGUAAACCAAGACAGGGCGACUUUUUGACAUAGCUAAUAAAUACAUCUAGAUAAAAGAACAGGACAUUAGCUGCUCAGACACAUGCUGAGAGAACUCCAGACACGGAGUGCACAAUUUCUGCCUUCCUGGCCAUUCUCCACCUAGAAGUUCUUUGCAAGAGUAAGGGUUACUAGUAUUCUGAGCUAAGCCAUUACCAACAGCAGAAAAACAUCACAUAGAUCUGAUAGCAACUUGGUGAAGAAACACCUGAAACAAUGAAAAUAGGACUGGUUACCUUUGUAGCAGAGAAAUUACAACAAGUAUAACAUUGAGUGAAGAUUGCAAGAGGAAGAAACUUUAUUAAGAGCUGUAAGAUUUCUAACUCCAAGUGCACAAUUAUGGCUGAUUCCUGGCCUCCAGAGUUCUGAAAGCACAGGAAAGAUGAAGUGCAUAUCACAAAUGACUAGGACUGUGGCAUGUGACUGCUGAAAGUUACUCCCAGAGAGUUGAUAUGCAGGCAUCAAGCCCCUUGCAGCGUUAAGAACAACAAUGGUGAUUUUCAAUGUCAUUCUGGUGCAAAGGUAAUGGGCGUGGGGUGGGGAGAAAGGCCACCCUGUCACUGUGGCUGAAUAAUGUAAUGACAGCAGAUGACAGAGAUGCUUAUUUUUGAAGAAAGGAUUGUGGGUUUUUUUUUUAAACAGACAUGUGACAGAGAAGAGGAAGCUGAUGAACUCAUGCUUUAUUAUUAAAAUCAGACAAGGAAAGUGAUCUUUAGUUUAGAAAGAGGAAUUGGGUUUUAAAAACUGGUUGAAUCCUGAGAUUUGUGAGAGUUUCUAAGAGUUAAUGCUGGUGUCUGAGCAGGUCAGCUCCAGUAGGUGCUUUUCAUGUUGUUUGAGCAGCAGAGUGCUGUCAUCUGUGAGUGACAAAGACGAGCCUGCUUUGGAAUGCAGAAGACCAGCAACUGUGGAAACUCAGGCUGUAAGGGUCAAGGUUCUGAUCUCUGUAAUCUCUGUGGUGUGCUGGUCUUGGGGGAAGCGAUUAAACGAUUAAAUAGCUUAUUGAAAACAUUGCGCCCCACCCCUCCAAACAGGAAGAGGUCAUUCUUCCUGAAGUGUGGAAACCUACAGACAAACAUGGAAAACCAACCUUGUUUCUUCUCUUAGAAUUGCAUUAGAUGAGCUAUCAUAAAAGUGCUGGGCGUGUUGCUCACUGUGUCCAGAUUUUCCAUGAACACAGCUUCUUUCUUCCCAUCGCUAGACAUAUGAACUUGGCUAAUUACCAGGCUAUGCCUGUGUGUGCAUGUGUUCUUUUAAAUUAUUUUAUUUAUUUGCACCCCAAAUGUUGAUCCCAUCCUGGCCCCCCUUCCCAGAGUUCUUCACCCCAUUCCCCAUCCCCUUUGCUUCUGAGAGGGUGCUGCUCCCUCCCCCGUCCCCCUGGCAUCUCCCUCUCUAGGCACUUCUCCCACUGAGGCCAGACAAGGCAGGCCUCUGCUACAUAUGGGCGGUGGGAGUGGGGGUGGGGGUGUUGGACCAGCCCCUGUAUGUUUUUCAGUUAGCAAUUUAUAGUCCCUGGGAACUCCCAGGGGUCUGGGUUAAUUGAUACUAUUGGACUUCCUAUGGGGUUGCAAUCCCCUUCAGCUCCUUCAAUCCUUCCCCUAACUCUUCCAUAGGGGUCCCAGACCUCAGUGCAAUGGUUGGCUAUAAGUAUCUGCGUCUGUCUCAGUCAGCUGCUGGUAGAGCCUCUCAGAGGACAGCCAUGCUAAUGCCUGUGUUGUUAAGGGAGGAUAAUGGCAGUGUCACCUUGCUGUUGCAGGGUAUGCAGAUGCUAUGUAGAUGGCAUUUAGUGCCAGACACACAGAAGUCUUAGUGUGAUUAGUGAUUAUGGGUUACUCUGUUCUGGAUUUCAGCAGUCCACACAUAAAUGCCUCCUUACAGUUGCUUCAGGUAAGAUGGUGUUAGAACUGUUGGGUAGACUUGUAGUUAAUUACAUAUCUAGAUAGGGCCUGAUGAGUGUGCGAAAGUCUGUAGUGGAGAGAUACAGGAUUGUGUCUGGUUUAGCAUACCCCCUGAUAGCGUGGAGGAGAUUAUGGAAGCUUUGCUGAUUCGAUUUACACAUAACAUCUAUAAAUUUGGUUGCUUGGAGCUCAGAUUAAACUUAACAGGCAUAAAGCUAUGCUACGAUUUUGCCUUUGGGUCUGCCAGCCAAAUAUGAGAUAGGAUUGAGUAGCAAACACGAAUAACCCCAGGGCUUUAAAUUACAAUGUCACUUUGUCAUCAGGAAGACAAAUACGGUUGCAGUUUACGUUGGUUGGUGGAUCGUAGGAGGAUCAUCGUUCACUUGGUUGAUGUGAUCAUGUCACAUGUCAAAGAUUGUGUUCAUAUCCGAGUAUCCAACCAUAGGAGGGUCCCUGAGAAGACUGAAGUAGGGGUGACAAAGGACACCACUUCAAAACCGGUCCAUGCAAGGUGGAGUCGAAGGCACCAGAGAUGUUCAUCUGAGGGGAAAACUAGUCCAAGGCAGUAAAUAUAUCCGAGUAUUUGGCCAUCCGCCAAACGGGAAGGAGCUAGCUGGACUCUAAUAGUUUCUGAGGUUUGAAUCCAGACUGGUGGAACCAACAGGAUUCAUGCAAAUCAGAGGAAAGGAAGUUAAGCCAACAUAUAAAAGUACACCAGCCAAGCCAACAAAACCAAGAAUACCUGUGAGACCUGAGGAAGAUAAAAAACGAAUUAAAAAAGUACCACAGCCUCCUUCCCUUCCUCAUCUGCAUGGCCUGUGCACCAUAGUCCCAGCCAUGGAGUUGCCUGUGGAUCUGCGCCUGGCUUCUCGGGUGUACCACACUCCCGACAGGAAAGGUCACAAGGCUGUGCUUGGCCUAUUGGGGUCGUCUCUUUUAGGUGACCACUGCAUUGAUGAACAGAGAGAAAGACUGCUGUUCGGUGUUCCUGCUAUGAGUGAGAUGCAGAAAUAUACUGGUGUCACUCCAGCGUCAGCAGAGGGAUUACCUGGAUCAGAGCAGACAAAUCAGCGGGAAGCCAACAAAGCAAACCUGCAGCUCUCAGGAGAAGAAGUGUCUGCGUAUCCUGGAACAUCAAAGAUGUUUUGGAAUCUUACUGCACCCAAAUUCGCUAUUCCAGAAUCAACCAUGAGAGAAACUUUAUAUCCAAAAUAUGAGAGUGUUCAGACAAGCAGACUCUUAACUGAGAAAUUAUCGGAAUCCCAGAGUGAGAUUAUUUUAGAAUCCUACACCAAAAGAAGUUUUAAGAAUUUAAUAAUAAAAAAGUCUGCAUCAUGUGAGGAUAUCCAAAAAUAUUCCAGUGUACCAUAUACACGAUUAAAGAGAUCAAAGUCUACAGUUGAGCUGAGGAAAAGAGAGAUCCCACCACAAUUUAUAAUGAAGGAUGACAUAGACAGCAACUUGCAGCAGCUGGCAUACCAGAGGCAGAAGGAGAUGGAGCGCCAGGUGGCCAAGCAAAGGGCGCUGCUGGACCUCCCCAUAAAAGACAGUCUGGAAAGCUUGCAUGAGACAGAAAGCUUAAAAUGCCUGUCGGUUUCGCUGGUUGAAGCAUCACGGCAGGCUGGCAUUAGCUACAUUGUAUUUCCUAGUAAAAGGAAGAAAGUAUUGAAGAAAGGGUUUAAGUUCCACAGGGCGGCACAAGUGUAUGAACAGCUCUCCAGGCCUCCGAAGAAAAUAGAAAGAUCAGUAUCCCAUGGAGUACUUCCUGGAGAGAGAAAGUAUUUCCUUAAAGUUCCAUUAUAUGAACGUCAAAUAAGGUGCCCCAGCGUACCCACACUUUUAAACUUUGACCAGUUUGUUCAAAGCAGAGGAGGAAUACCAGAAAAUACUGAUCCUCGGAAAUGGGUUCUCGAGCUAUUUACUAAAGAGAGAUGUCAGAGGACACGCACACCAGUUGCGUUAUCUGUUCAAAAGAGUGCCCCAGAGCCAGUGAUAGAGAUCUCCAAACUGGAGUUAACUGAUUAUGUGAAGUGUAAUCUUCCCCCAGAGGUCAUUAAGUACUAUGAAUCUGAACUGGAGUUACUGACUCAAGAAAUAAAAAGUGAGAAAAAAAAUCCGGCAUUUGCGUAUUGUAGGCGUGGAGCUAUUUAUCGAAAACUGGGAAAGCUGCAAAGUGCCAUGAACGACCUGCAGGAAACCAUAUUUGUGGAGCCAUUGUUUCUAAAUGCCUAUUGGCACAGACAUUUCAUUUAUCUUUUCCAAGACAAAAUCAAUGAUGCUUUGGAUGAUUUGAAUUUCAUAACUAAGUACAAUAAAAACCAUGCAGAGGCGUACUUGUCAAAGGCAGAGAUUUUCAGGGAGAAGAACGAUAUUACAUUGGCAAUUCUGAAUUACAGUCAGGCCAUUAAGUGCAGGCCCAAAGAUGCUAGCCUCUACUUUAAGAGAGGGGAGAUGUACGAGAAGACAAACAAAGUUCUGGCGAUUGAUGACUUCUCGAAAUGUAUUUAUUAUGAUCCCAAAAGAUCAGACGCAUUAUGGAAACGUGGGAUGUUUUACUUUGAAAACGAAAACUGGACCGGGGCCGUAUAUGAUUUUACAUCUCUGUUAAAACUUGAACCCCAUAAUUCUCAGGCAAGUUAUGAUCCCAGUUUCAAUGAACAUUAUAUAAGUCCUGGUAAUUUACUUCCAGGGACCAAAAUGUGGAGCAUUUUAUCUUCCUGUGACUUCUUUUUGCAAACCGAAUUCAAGAGCAAAUCAAAACAAUCAUCCAUCAUGAUCAAGACAAACAGGGGGAGAGCAUAUUUCAAAAGGAAUUUAUUCAAACAAGCAACCGAAGACUUUUCUGCUGCCAUCCACUCAGACCCCAACAACUGGCUAGCCCUGUACUACCGAGCCUGCUUAUUUAGAAAGUGUAGCCCUCAAAGAGCGCUGCAGGACUACAGUGUGUCAGUUCUUAUAAAUGAUGGCUACGAUAACCUUAAUUGUUUUCUACAUCGGGGUAUACUCUAUACAGAAUUAAAGUUUUGGAUGCUGGCAGUUUGUGAUUUUGAAACUGUCGUUACUCUCGAAAGAACUGCUACUUUGGCUUACAUAAAUAUUGGCCUUAUAUAUCUACAACACCUGGAUAAUUAUACCGAAGCCUUUUGGUGGUUUACUGAGGCAAUUAGAGUCGAUCCUUUAUAUAUUCAAAGCUAUAUUUGUAGAGCAGAAACCUAUUCUAAGCUGCAUAAACUGAAAAAAGCAGUAACUGAAUUAUCUCGGGCUAUCCAUCUCCAGCCUGAUGCAAUCCACCUAUACAUAAUAAGAGGACAGUAUCUUCUUAUGAUGAAGAGUUAUGAUCUUGCAAAGCUCACUAUUUUUCAAGUAGCAGAAAUGAACAAAGGUGUCAUCGAGCUGUCCCCAAUACAGGAAGCACUCAUUUAUUCAUUUUGUGAAAACCAUGACAAGGCCAUUCAUGUCUUGGAAGGGGUCAUAGCCAAUAAACCAGAUAUCUCUACUUACGCACUCUUGGCAAAAGCCCAAAUGAAGGCCAAGAGAAUAAAGGAAUCUGUGAGACUAUUUAAGAAGGCAUUGGAACUGUAUACAUUUUCUGACAAAGGACCAGCUGCCACUAGUGUUUCAGCAGAUUGUCUGUAUAACUUGGGUCUUUGUUACAUGGAGGAAGGCAAUUUUCAAAUGGCCUAUGAAUCUUUUACAAAAGCUGUGAGAGCAAAUCCUGAUUUUGCAGAAGCCUUUUAUCAUCGGGGACUUUGUAAAGUAAAACUCAACAAGCAACACUCAAUUCUGGACUUCAAUCGGGCACUUACCCUAAAUCCCGAACAUUACCAGGCAUAUUUAAGUCGAGUAGCUUAUUAUGGUUUAAAGGGCAGAUACUCCAAAGCCAUUCUGAACUGUAAUGAGGCCAUCAGACUUUACCCUGAGAGUGUGCGUGCCUACAUCUGCAGAGGAGUUCUGAAAUACUACAACAGAAAUUACAAGCUAGCUAUUACAGAUUUAACUACAGCUGUCGGCAUGGACAAGAACAGUUACACAGCGUUUUACAACAGAGCCCUGUGUUAUACCAAGAUAAAGAAACAUGAGAUGGCUUUAAGAGACUAUGGAAUUGUGCUGCUUCUUCAAGCUGGAGAAACCAUAGCAUUAAAUACCUUAGUCAACCGUGGACUCAUCUAUACUGAACUAGAACAGUAUGGCUUUGCACUAGAGGAUUUUAAAGAGGCUUCGAUGAUAAGCGAGACUAGUGUGAAACUUUGCCAAGCUACAGCCAUGUGCCACCACAGAAUUAAAGAAUUUCAAGGAGCUGUUGAAUUCUUUACCAGGGCUAUUAAAAUUAACCCACGUUAUCUGGACGCUUAUAUUGGACGGGGGAAUUCUUACAUGGAGUAUGAACAGAAUAAAGCUAUGAUACAAGCCCAGAAGGACUUUCUGAGAGCGCUUCAUCUUGACCCAUCAAAUUUAAAAGCCAGAAUUAGUCUAGGCUAUAAUUUGCAGGCCCAAGGAAAAUUCCAGAAAGCUUGGCAACACUUUACUAUUGGCAUAGAAGCUAAUCCAAAGAACUAUCUAGCCUAUGAAGGACGAGCUGUGGUUUGUCUUCAAAUGAGUAAUUAUUUCGCUGCAAUGCAGGAUAUCAAUUGUGCCAUAAAGAUCAACUCGACAGCAGAAUUCCUAACAAACCGUGGUGUGAUUCACGAGUUUAUGGGUCAACAACAGAACGCAAUGGCCGACUAUCAAGCAGCGAUUUCUCUGGACCCCAACUACUCGCUCGCCUACUUUAAUGCGGGAAACAUCUACCUUCAUCACCGGCAGUUUUCUCAGGCAACCGACUACUUCUCAACAGCCUUGAAGCUUAAUCCAGAAAACGAAUGUGCUCUCAUGAAUCGAGCUGUUACAAACUCAGUAUUAAAGAAAUAUGAAGAAGCAGAAAAAGAUUUUUCACAUGCAAUGGAGCUCUGUCCCCACUGGGCUGCACUGUAUUUUAACAGAGCAAGUUUCUAUGUCUACUUGAAGAAGUAUGAACUCGCUGAAGAGGACCUUGACAGAGCCCUGUCUUUGAAGCCUGAUGAUGCUAUAAUGUAUAAUCUCAGAGCACAAGUCCGUGGCAAAAUAGGACUGAUAGAGGAAGCUAUGUGUGACUAUAACCAAGCCCUUGAUCUUGAAGAAUAUUCCAAAGCUAUGUGAAUACAGACCCUUGUGGUUUCUGUAGUAGGUUAAGUAUUUUUCUUCCUGAAGCUGAAAUAUAUUUGUUGUUUAGAAAUGCCAUUCUUGUUGUAUUCAUCACACUUAUUAAGUGGUUAUUCUUUAUAACCACAUAACACAUUUUAAUACACUAAGUAUUAAAUAAAUUUUGUUAAAUGAACCUUAACAAAA